CGAUGUGAAGCAGCCAUGGGAGUGAACGCAUGGCUCCGGUUCCAGAAUACGGUAUUCAACAAUGACAGUUAGCUAUGGUUCCUCCGCAUAACAUGUUUUGGCUUUGAGGGAAUACUUCUAAUCGGCAUAUUCAGUAUAGUCUUGCACAUAGCCGCUGCGCGUUCCUGCUUUUGCGCAGUUGCUCACAUAACACGGAAUAGUCAACAAUGUCUGCUGCGUCGGCCACUUUAGGAGCAGACCUUCCCGAACUAUGUCGGGUGUGCAUUUUACCUGACGCGCGAGCGAAGGCGAUUUUCUCUGACAACACGAUUGUCGUGACAAACAGCUCUGGCAGUUCUUUUCUCCUCAUCGCCUCUGAUGGACGAAUCACACGGCAGCUCAGCGAGUACGCGUUGACGCGGCAUAGCCCAUUGCUGGCGGCUUUGUUGGAGUUUCGCAACAUGCAUGUAGAUUUGCCGUGCUUCUGCAAGCCUCUGGCUCGCGCGUUGCGCUCAAGCUUUGCGCUCGGAUACUUGGUCCGGGAUGCCACAUGGCCAAGUCCUUCGCAUGCCGUUGAAUCGGGCCUGGCUCAGGUGCAGCCUGACGGGAAAGUGGUUGUCAGCAGCGUCGAUGGCGUAGCGCAAGUGGUCCUUCACGGCCACUUCCGCCGCUUCGCAGUUUGCUACCCGCUUUUGGUAGCAGAGCGGCCGCAGGAGGCAAAGUACGAAUAUGUCUGGCAGACCCAAGUCUUUAGCGUUGCAAGCCACCCAGCCCGCUGGCAGCCAGCGGUACGCACAGCGUUACAAGCCGCAGCCCAACUUGGCCUAGGCGUCCAUGCGGUUCUGGCGACGCUUGACCAGCCGCAGCAGCUGGCCCACAGCCAGGUCGCCCAGGAGGACGCCGGACACCUGGGCCAAAUCUGCUCCGGAGGCAGCGAGGAGGGUGCAUCUGGCGCGGGCGGCGGCGGGGGUUGCGGUUCGGACCGGCGCAGCGUGCUACCGCGGGCAGAUGACAACAGCGCUCGACCCGGUCUGACGGAGCCGCUGCACUCGGGCGGCUGGUGGUGCGAGCCGUCUCUGUCGCUGCUGCCGCCUGAGGACGAGCUACUGCUGGAGUGGACGCCGCACGCCACCUACCACUACCUGUCAGAAGCAGGCGAGGUGGAGGUGUGGGUGCACGCCGACGAGUCGUGCCUGGUGUCCCGGCGGGGCGGCAGGUUCAUGGCGCACUACAAGGACUCGGAGUCGGAGGGGCAGCUGUACGCGGCCAACUGUGUUCCCGAAGCCGUGUGGAGCCGCGACCAGGCGUACCGAUAUCCCCUUGGCUUGCUGGCAGCGCACGCGUUGAAGCUGAGGUCGCACAACACCACGGUGGCUGCAGCUGUUGCGGCGCGCCUUCCGGCACACCUGGGCGACAACCGCCACCUCCUCCCCGGCACCGCCUCCAGAGCCCCGGGCAGCAGCGGCACGCCUGACGAGCUGUUCGCCGCGGCCUCCACGGCGGUGCUGGAGGAGAGCUGCGUGGCGGGGCACGGGCAGUUCACGGCGUACCAGGACGGCCGCGUGCGGGUGUGCUUCGAGGACCGCACCAUCCUACACAUGUCCGCCUCGCACUCGCAUGCCAAGGUGGUGCUGCCAGACGGGCGGGGUGUGGUGGUUGCCGUUGCGAAUCCCGUGGGGGUGGAGCCGUAUGUUGCUGCAGCGGUGGACUUUGCAAGCUGGGCGUUUAAGACGCCAGCCGAGCGGUCGGAAGAAAUGCGCCUGCAGGCUCGGGUGC